GUUCUUUCCUCUCCCUCCCAUCGCAGCGUGCAACCUAGAAGUGCAGCUUUCUCUCUCCCUUUUCCACAAUUGUGCCUUCGGGGAAGACCAUGAAUUUGCUGUGCCUUAUCUUUGCCCUGAGUUCUUUGGGGGUUCACAGCUUGGGAGACCCCGGUCCCUUAGAGGAUGUCGUCAUUGAUAGAUACUACAUCCCCAAAGUGUGCUUGCGAGAAGUUCAGAUGGGUGACUUCGUCCGCUACCAUUACAAUGGGACCUUUCAAGACGGCGCCAAGUUUGACUCCAGCUAUGACCGAGGUGCUACUGUGGCAGGUAUCGCAGGUGUGGGACGACUCAUCACUGGCAUGGACAGGGGCUUGCAAGGCAUGUGUGUGAAUGAGAGGAGGCAUCUCAUUGUGCCACCACACCUUGGUUAUGGCAGCAUCGGUGUUGCUGGUCUCAUCCCACCAGACACCACUCUCUAUUUUGAUGUCAUCUUGCUUGACAUUUGGAAUAAAGAAGACAAGUUGCAGAUCACCACCCUCCACAAGCCACAACAGUGUAAUCGCACAGUGGAGAAUUCAGACUUUGUGCGUUACUACUACAAUGGCACACUUCUGGAUGGAACCCCCUUUGAUUCCAGCUAUGGAAAAGACAAUACUUAUGACACCUAUGUGGGUUCAGGCUGGCUAAUCAAAGGUAUGGACGAAGGCUUGCUAGGGAUGUGUCCUGGAGAGAAGCGGCAAAUAGUCAUGCCUCCUUUCCUGGCCUAUGGAGAGAAAGGCUAUGGUACCGUCAUCCCCCCGCAAGCAUCUCUGGUUUUUUAUGUUCUUCUGGUGGACCUGCACAAUCCAAAAGAUAGUAUCUUCUUGGAGCACUUGGAAGUGCCAGCAACAUGCAAACGCAAGGCUGUGACUGGAGAUUUUGUGCGGUACCAUUAUAAUGGCACUUUAGUGGAUGGGACCCUCUUCGAUUCCAGUUAUUCACGGAAUCAUACUUAUGACACUUACAUUGGAAAAGGCUAUAUCAUCCCUGGAAUGGAUCAAGGACUACAAGGAGUCUGCAUUGGUGAAAGAAGACGAAUAACAAUUCCUCCCCAUUUAGCCUAUGGAGAAAAUGGGGCAGGGAACAAGAUACCAGGCUCAGCUGUUCUUAUAUUUGACGUCCACGUUGUUGAUUUCCACAACCCCACAGAUUCCAUAGAGAUAGAGACCAUCUUCCGCCCUGCAGACUGUAAUGUCACCGCUCAGGAUAGAGAUUUUGUUCGCUAUCAUUAUAACUGCUCACUCCUAGAUGGCACCAAGCUUUUCUCCUCGCAUGAUUAUGAACAUCCUCAAGAAGCUACCCUGGGUACCAAUAAGAUAAUUGAAGGCUUGAACAAUGGCUUACUCAGCAUGUGUGUGGGAGAGAAGAGGAUUGUCAUUGUUCCUCCACAUUUGGGGCAUGGUGAAAAUGGUGCCCGGGGUGUACCUGGAAGUGCAGUUCUUCGCUUUGACAUAGAACUUUUACACCUGGAAGUUGGUGUUCCAGAAGGUUAUUUGUUCAUCUGGCAUGGUGAACCACCAGAAAACCUGUUUGAAGCCAUGGAUCUGAAUAAGAAUGGUGAAGUCCCAUCUGAGGAGUUCUCCACAUUCAUUAAGUCCCAGAUUGCAGAAGAUAAAGGUCAUAUGAUUCCAGGCGUUGACCCAGAAAAAGUAAUCACAGACAUGUUUCAGAAUCAAGACCGGAAUAAGGAUGGGAAGAUUACAGCAGAUGAACUGAAGCUGAAGUCAGAUGAGGAUCAAGUUAAACAUGAAGAACUUUGAAUGAUAAAGAAUCCCUUUUCUAAAAAUGCUUCUGUUUGGUGGUAUUUGGGGGAAUAAAUUGGCCCCCAAUCACUUCCAGUGCUAGUUUGGGUAUAGGAAGUCAAUAGUUUUUCUCCCCUCAUUUGGUUUUGCUUUGUAUAUUAUUGGAAAUGAGUUAAAUGAGAAACAAAACCCAGUGGACUAAAUGAAUGAUAAAUCUCCCAAAUCACUGGUUGCAUAUCCUUCCUGAAAUUAAUUUUUCCAUCUCAAUUGAAUUCUGCUUAUUUCCCAAUUACAGCACAUUGUCUUUCCUGUAAAUGACAUUAAAACAGACAUUCUGCUUGGGAUCUGUGCAUUCAACUGUCCUAAAUCAAGAUAAGAUAACAGAUAAUCAACCUUGUAGGUCAUCUAGUUCAUCUAGCCCAGGCGGGAGACUCUACACCAUUUCUGACAAAUGGCAGUCCAAUUUCUUCUAGAAAGUCUCAAGUGAUUGCGCUCCCACAACUUCCGAGGGCAAGGUGUUCCAUUGGUUGAUUGUUCUCACUGUCAGAAAAUUUAUCUUUAUUUCCAGGUUAAAUCUCUCCUUGUUCAGUUGAAUUCACUAUCAGGAAACCCAGACUGGCUUAUUGAAGCCAAGUAAGCAGUAUCAGGAUUCUCUGUAUUCACUAUGUUUAGGUUUUUAAGGCAAACACAACCCAAAUUAAUUUUUUUAUUUUUGGUAUGUUAGAAUAUGCAUUUUUUAAAAUGGAUGCUUAAAGGAUUUAAUUGGUUCAGCCUUUUCAUGAUUUUUGCUUUGAGUUUCUGUAACUGCUGUUAAAAGACAGGAUUGUUGGAUCAAUUCUAAUCUUGAAAAUCCAGUGUCUUGAUCAGAAGGGCAUGACCAUAAUUUACUUUCCUUAAACCAGCUUUGGUUGCAUUUUUCUCUAAUGGGGUUCUAUGAUUAACUGAUAAAAUUAAAAUCCUUUAACUCUUGAAAUUCUUGAAGCAACCAGUUUACCAUAAAAAACUGGCUGGUACAAAUAAUGUAUAAUGUUCUCAUAACUUUUUCUGCCUGAGUAACUUGAUUUUCUCAUGCACUUCAAGUUAUACAUCAAGUCAUUCAAGAAAGGUAGUCCAACACAGCAGUCACAUUUUUGAAGGCACUUAAGUCACCAAUGGAACAAAUAUUUAUCAUCACAUAGAAGGUACAAAAUUAAAAUGUCUUGUGUUUCAUCCACCUAAAAGUAGUAUAGGACCCAUUAUCUUUUACUGAAGAGAACAUUCAGAAAUGUACAGUAUCCAGAAUUCUUUUAAAUAAGCCGUAAUGUUGAAAUCAGUGAAAUCACUACUAAGGUACAUGCAUAGACUUACACAAGUCUGGAUAGUUUUUUUUUUUAAUUACAAUUGUUUUUUAAAAAUUGUAGCAUGUUGAAGUCAGUGGUGCUGUGGUAAUUUUUAAAAAAUUGGUUCAAUUAAAGCAGAUGAAACAAAAUAAAAUAGGCAUACCAAAAUGUUCAAAAUAAGACAUUUGUUUUAUUAUAUUUACAUGUCUUUUAAAUAAAAAAAAAUGUUGAAAAUUUUGUGGAAAAGCUGAAUUUGGGCCAUAUAUAUAUAGUUCAAAAACGUUUUGGAAAAUAAAUGUUUCAUGAAAUCAAAAUACAGAACAUCAGAAAUCCAAUAGUCUGCAUACAAGUCAAACAAAAAUACUUAAAUUAUGCAUACUUUUUAAUUAUCAGGGUUAAAUAUACUUGUUACACAUAUUAGUUUUUAUUGGAAAAAGCUCAAUAACUACUAGGGCCAAUAUGUAUUAUCCUUAUUUUAAAGAUAGUUUACAUUACAUCUAAAUUCACUCUCACAUCCAAUUUAGAACAUGCCCAAAUACAUAGGUUUCCAACAAUGCUACUCACCCAGAAAUCUGUUCAACCCACAUUCCACAAGUCAUUUGCAUUAAAACAGCAUCACCAAUAAUACCAAAUUGUUUCCCACAGCAAUAUUAUUUCAAUAACUGCAAUAUGUCUUAAGGUGGACUGUACCAUAUUACCAUUAAUUUCUAUUUUAGGAGAGACGGAGUGACAAUAGACAAAUCUAAUCAGUAUCACUCCUACGUUGUUUUUAAAUAAUAUUUAAUUAGUCAAAUAAGUCUGA